GUUGAAACAUCUAGAUUCUAAGGGACUAGAAAGGUUUGGUACUUGCUGGGAAUUGGGGAAGGGAGGUGUGUUGAGACCACGUGGAAAGGUUCCACAUCUAUUGGCGUGUCUGUUUCUUCACCUUUCCUACUUCACCUCCUGUCAUCCUCCCAAUCUGCUCUUUUUUUUUCCAACUCUGGUCUGGCUUCCAACCCAGCAUUUGAAACUUGACUAAACACAGACAUUCUCUCAUUUCUUUGCUGCUUUAUUCCGUUUCACAAAUGGCUGUAGUAAGUGCUUCUACUGCCUUUAGUUUGAGGGCUUCUCCUAUCCUCCUUGCCGCCUCAUUUCCUUAUUGCCCACCUACUUCUUUUGGUACCCCAACUAGGCGUUUGCAUGCGAUGCAAGCAAGAGGAAAGAGAAAAGGUCUGCUUAGUCAAUCUUUUGCUGUAAAGAAUGAGCUUAGUGAACCUGACGAUGGCGCAGAUGCGAAAGUGGAAGAAUUGGGGGAGCCUACAGAAACAUUACUGUACUCCUUCAGUCCUUUGCCUUUGCUAGUUGUGGCUGCUCUUCCCGGGGCUGGGACUGUAAGGUCUCUCUUUGGUCCUUUUGUUGAGCUAGUGAAAUCAUGGAAUCUUCCUGAUUGGCUUGUGCACUGGGGACACCCCGGUAACAUGGCAGUAGUGCUCUUUGCCAUGGGAGGGUAUGGAACAUAUCUAGGUUUCCGCAUUCGCUAUUCUGAUGACGUGGAGGAAAAGGGCAAGGCCAAAGACUUGCACCCAAAGCUUCUAGGUGGGAUGUUUUUCUUCUUUGCUCUUGGAGCAACCGGUGGAAUAACAUCUCUGCUAACUUCAGACAAACCUAUUUUUGAAAGUCCGCAUGCUGUUACAGGUUUCAUUGGUCUUACUCUCCUGACAAUACAAACCCUUUUGCCAACACUAUUCGAGGCUAAUCCCGGAUUGAGGAAUGUGCAUGGAAUUUUAGGCAGUGGGAUCAUGACACUGUUUCUUAUCCAUGCUGCCCUUGGACUUCAACUUGGCCUUAGGUUCUGAUUACAGCUGUGACUUUGUCUUCUGCUUAUAUAUACACAUUUUUUCCUCAAUUUCUGGUAUUUAGGUAUUAUACUCCCAUCGAUAUCAGCAUUUCUUAA